GUGAAGAAUGCUUGGUAUGUGCGGACGACGACAACAUGAAAGGCGGCGAGGGUUGAGCCCAAACUGAUUGUGCUUCCCAAAAUCAAACCCAAACCCGCUUUGUGUCUGAAUUUCGACCGAGCCUCAGACACCACACGUCCGUUUAUCGCAAUAAGCAAGCGUAAGCUGCGAGUUUUUAGGUGGCGGCAACGCAGUUUAUUUGAUGUCAAACACCCUGCAGAGGCGGAGAUGGUUUAGUCUGUAGUAGGUGGGACUGCCGAGCGGUCUGCAGCAGGACGUCGUAGAUCAAUGAACCGGACCGGAGGGCUGGUCCAUCGCCUGGUGUGCAUCUGACUGUAUAGAUGUAACAGUGUACCUAUGCGGGACCGAGGCUUCUUUUUUAAAGUGUCCAGCAGCCGUUCAUGAUGCGGAUGUUAUAAAGCGACUGGCUAUUUGAUAGGCUCCCGAACCCCGCUCGGAUUUCGUCUCUAUAGUGGCUCUCAUCGGUGCGAUUUUUUUCCCUUUUUUUCUGGGGGGGAGGAAGUAAAAUCCAUCUGUAACCUCCAGGAUGAUCUUUGCAAACACGGGCAACCCGCCGAAGACAGCCAAUCGUAAGCAGUCCUACCCCAUGACUCCGUCCAGUCCCAGCAGCAACAGCAGCAGCAGCACAGGCCUGGAGCAGCUCAGCAAAACUAACCUUUACAUCCGUGGCCUGCCUCCUGCCACGACAGACCUGGACCUGAUCAAACUCUGUCACCAGUAUGGAAAGAUUCAGUCUGCAAAGGCAAUCCUGGACAAGACAACCAACAAGUGUAAAGGUUACGGCUUUGUGGACUUUGACAGCCCAGCGGCUGCUUUAAAAGCAGUCCAUGCUCUGAAAACCAGCGGCAUACAGGCCCAGAUGGCCAAGCAGCAGGAACAGGACCCCACAAAUCUGUACAUUUCCAACUUGCCUCUGUCUGUGGAUGAGAAAGAGCUGGAGAACAUGCUGCAGCCCUUUGGUCAGGUCGUCUCCACGCGGAUCCUACGAGACUACAGCGGCAACAGCCGAGGUGUGGGCUUUGCCAGGAUGGACACAACAGAGCAGUGCAAUGCAGUCAUCUCCCACUUCAAUGGGAAGUUUAUCAAGACGGCUUCUGGAGCUCUGGCACCCUCUCAGCCCUUGCUGUGUAAGUUUGCUGACAGUCAAAGGAAGAAACAUGCUCAUGGCGGAUUUGUUCCCAACGGACAGACAGCGGAUCUCAGAUUAGGGGCAAUGACUCUCACUUAUGACCCCUCCUCAGCAGCUAUACAGAACGGGUACUAUGCUUCUCCUUAUCCAGUCACCAACAGGAUAAUGACUGUGCAGCCCACAAUGCCUCCCUACAUGUCUCCAGUCUCUGCUUACCAGGUGCAGAGUCAUUCUUGGGUGGCACAUCAACCAUACAUCAUGCAACACCCGGCCUCUGUGAUGUCGCCCUCUGUGGAUCCCUCCAUGUCACUGCACCCAACAGCCAUGAUUACUCAGCAGAUGGGCCAGCUGUCAUUGGGAAACACUGGAGCGUAUAUUCCAGCAAACCCAGGUGUCCAGGGAGCUUACAUGCCUCAGUAUCCCGCCAUGCAGGCAGCACCGGAAAAUGGCACGCCGCAGCAAGUGGAUUCCUCCAACAACUCGUCCCCUUACAGUCAACUCAGCAAGUAGAUGCAGGCCACAUUCCUGUCUUGUGAGCCAGUUGGCAGGUGGGAAGUUGCUGAUGACAUCACAGGAAUAACAGUCUCCGUCUGCUGAUUGGACCAGAAACAUGAACUUUUUUUUUUUUUUUGCACAGCCCCAACAUUUGUAGUUGAAAAUGAGGACAGUGUAAACAGACUCAAGCAGCCAGCGAGUCACGGGGGGGAAAAGGAGAAAAAAAAAAA